UAGCGGGCGGUUACCUCAUACGUCGGGACUGGAACUUAUGCAUUGAAUACGAGGUGAUGGGCUGGUGCGCCAGUGUCCUCGCUAUUAUCAUCGUCUAUAUGUGGAGCAACACCUUCUGGAAAGUGCAGAAAUCAGCCCCACUUUUCAGUGUACUCCUAUGGUUCACAUUUGGCAAACUAGCCUUUGCCAUAGCUAUCACCUGGAUAUUCUUUUGCCUUUGCACUGGGAGGGCCAGGACAAUGGAUUAUCUGCUUUCGUGGCCUAACUUCCAACCCUUUUCUCGCCUAUCGUUCUCUUUCUUUAUGAUCCACUUUAUGGUUGUCAUCAGACGUGUCUUCACUGUCAAAGAAACCAUCACUAUGUCUGAUGGGCUUCUGAUUGAGAACUCCAUCAUUGAUAUUAUGGUCACCUUUUGCUUGGCGUAUGUUUUCUACGCCCUAAUAGAGGCGCCGUUCACUAACUUAAUGGCCAUUUGGCUCAAGAAAGAUACACAACGUGACGAUCUG